AUGCACCGCACUGUUAUUGUUUGGAGGGCCAACAUGGCGGCUCCUGGCUGCGUCUUCCACCGGACCCUGAGCCGGACCAGACCCGGUCCCAACCAGGUGUCCUCGUGCUCUCCCGCCGUCUGCAGACAGCUGGUCUCGGUGGUGGAGGUGCAGCGGUACAGCAGAGACCAGGGGUCCUCAGUCUACUUCCCCCAGGCCGUCCAUAACGGUGAGGACCUGUAUGACGUCACUCUGACAGACGGGGACUGCAGACUCCGCGUGACUCUGGAUCCUGGUCUGAACCGGCUGGUGGAGCGAGGGGUCCUGUUGUCAGGGGCAACGCUCCGAAAUGCCACCUUCAUGCUCCCAGCAUGCCGCGGGGCGUCAGACAGAGACAGUUAUAGGCUGCUGAGUGCAGAGGUCAAAGGUCACGCUCCAGGUGAUGAUGAUGAUGAUGAAGAUGGACUCAGGAGGUCUGAUGUGGACUGGGACUCUCUGCCCUGGUUUGGAUCCUCAGAGACAGCAGGCUCAUUGGCUCCUCUGAGAGCCAAUCGGAUGCUGUUCCUGCCUCUGUGGAACAACGUGGACUACAGCGGGGCGGCGUGGACGGAGGCUCCGCCCACUGAGGAAGAGGACGACGACGAGGAGGAAGAGGAAGGUGAGGAGACAGUCUAAAUGAAACGUCCCGCUGUGACCGUAUCCGAGCUGCGUGACUCCUUCCUGUCCGGUCGCGGGGGCGUUGCCAGGGGAACCGUCCAGCAUCAGCUGAUCGUACGCAUCAUCAACAAGUCCCACCUGAUGUACUACGGGAGGACGGACCGCAACUGUGAGUGUCCGUAUAAGGCCGUGCUGGAGGUGUGCGACCGGACAGGAAGUGUGUGCAUGGUGUUGUGGAACAGCGCGUGUGUCGACUGGUACCGCCGCCUGAAGCCCGGUGAUGUCAUCAGCCUGAGACGCUACCGAGUGAAGCAGCACUACCAGGCGGAGAGAGAUGACAUCGAGAUCAGCGUGAACAGCAGAAAUCCUGCCGCUCGCAUCUCUGUUCUCCCAGAAUCCUCAGUGGAGCCUGAACACAUCACAGCUGCACCCAACUACAGCUUCUACAACAGUGAGCAGCUGAUCGACCGACCUCACGGCUUCCUGUGUGAUGUCAUCGGCUUGCUGACCUUCUCGGGACGGCCGGAGCGAAUCAGGAGCAAAGAUGGCCGAGGGGCGGAGCUUCUGGAGUACCGCUGGCUGCGAUUGGAGGACGGUUCCAGCGAUCAGCCAAUCAUGGUGAAGCUCUUCGCCACGUCGCAACCUGAAGCUCACUGCAAGCUCCACCCACUAUCUGUGGUUGUGUGUACCAGACUGAGGUUGAUCAGAGCUUCAGAUCAGACUAACGGCUGCUUCUACCUGACGAACACAACUUACACACAGGUGUACUGCACAGGUCUGGGCCACCACUCAGAGAUGAGCUACCGGACGCUGCGGCCGGUGCGACUCUUCCUCCAUUGGCUGAGGAGCCAGGACGACGACGACGUGCUGAGCAGGGCUCUGAUUGGAGGAUCCUUCGUCUACCCGCUGCCUCCCGUCUCCCUGGAAACGUACAUGAAGGAGAGGAGAGGUGAGCCAGGUUUCCUGCGGGGGGCGGAGUUUCAGAGGGAGGUGGAGAGGCUCUGUUACCGGGAGCGACGGACCUUCUGUAUCCAGGCAACCGUUACCAUGGUGACCUACAGCUGCAGAGGAGAGGAGGAUCGAUGUCUGCUGUGGACCGACAGACCUUCAUCUCUCUCUCCCUCCUCUUCCUCCCCUCGCCUCUCUAAAUCCUCCCCCUCCCCUCGCCUGUCUUCCCCCUCCUCCUCCUGCUCCACCUCCUCCUUCCUCCCCCCUCUCUCCUCCUCCCCUCGCUCGUUCUUCACAGCGUCUCCGUCCUCGGCGGUCGGUCAGCUGACGCCUCGUCUCCACCGCAAAGCCGGGAGGUUGUGUAAGAGGAAGCAGCUCCUUCAGGCAGAAACUCCAAAGAAGAGCCCGAGAGUCACGUUACAACCCGAGCACAGCGACAACACAGUGAUCCUCUUCGAAGCCUCGAUGGAGUUUCUAGAAAACACGAACACUGAUGAAGACAACAAUGACGAUGAUGAUGAUGAUGAUGAAGACGCAGCAUCCUUCGUCACCGCCCCCCUUUGUCCUGCUUUCCCGCCCAUCGCCAUGGAGACGCUGCAGAUGCACUACGACUACGAUCGCAGGGAGGAGCAGGCGAACGCCGUGGCGAUGGGAGGAAGAGCGACCGCCACCGCCGGGAGGUUUGAGUCCGAGAACUACUACACACUAAGGCUGAGAGCUCUGUCAGACGGCGUGCUGCUCGACGCCACCUUCCUCCCUCAGUCCUCCUCUUCCUCGUUGUCUCCUCCUCUCCUCUCUCACUCCAACACCUGGACCUCCAUCCUGUCCCACGGAGCCUUCUCCUCACACACACCUCCGCCUUCCCCAGGUGACCUCAUCAGUAUGGCAGCCCAGUUGACCAAUCAGAGGCUGGUGUGCAUCCUGGAAGCGUGUCACCUGGGCGGAGCUACGACGGAGAUCGUCCUGAGCCGAGCGUUCCUGCUCACCGACUGA